AUGUGUUCCAAAUCAUCACUAUUGCUGCUGCUCUUCUCCCUAGUCUGCCUAUCCUCUCUCCCGCUGUCCCCGGCGGCGCCUUCGCCUUCGCCCUCCCCCGCCCCCUUUGAUCGUCAUUCCCUCAUGAACGACGUGUCCCAUUUCAGCUUCUUGGGCGAGAGUACCAAACUACGCUGGUACAAGAGCAGCAUCAGCUACGCCUUCUCUCCCGACUACGGGAUCAGCUACUUGGACCCCGCGGAGGUGCGGGCCGUGUUCUCCCGCGCGUUCGGGCGCUGGUGCGCGUACAUCCCCUUGACCUUCACCGAGACAGAGGACUAUGAAAACGCGGACGUGAAGAUCGGGUGGUACAGCGGGGACCACGGGGACGAUAACCCGUUUGACGGGGUGCUGAAUGUGCUGGCCCAUGCGGACCAUGGGCGGCUCCACCUGGACGCGGCCGAGAGAUGGUCGACCGACUUGCACGAGCAGCGUUCCAACAGGGAUGCGGUGGACCUUGAGUCGGUGGCCACGCACGAGAUCGGCCACGUGCUCGGCCUCGACCACUCGUCGGAUAAGGAUGCCGUCAUGUACCCUAAAGUGGUGCACGCGACCAGAAAGGUGGAGCUGGCCGAGGAUGACGUGGUGGCCAUCCAGACCUUGUACGGGAUGAUCCAAUUCGACCACCAGGAAUCACACCGAGUGUCAAAGGGACUGAUGAUCAAGUGGAGUAGUGUCACGCCCACGCUGCUGUUCCUCAUUUAUAUAUAUUUAUAUAUUGCUUCUUUUCUAAUUUAG